CGCUGUUGGAUACUCAGAGUUUUCUCGCUCAUUAGUCCGGAUUUGAAGUAGAUUUUGCAAGCUUCUGAGAAGUGCCCAGCUCCAUAAUGUUUACUCGGGUUAAAAGUCGGUCUAAGGAACGUCAGCCCCGGACGUCCAUGAGUCGCUCCCUCUCCUGUGUGAGCUCACAGCGGGGCAGUGCGCUCUGCUGAGCAGCGCUGGAAGAAGCAAAGCGUGGAGGAGAAGAGUUCAACAAACCGAGAACAAAAGGACCUGGGGUUUAUUAGUCAACUUUUAAGGGUCACCUCCACUGUGCCACUCUGCUCUGGUCUAACUGAAAGAGCACCUGCAGGGCCCCAUCAUUGGCCCAAAUCCUGUUACUGUCUGCAGUAUGGGCAACUUUACCAGCAAGGACGGCCAUGGACCUACAGGGGCCCAUGGGGACAGUUUCCACACUCCUCCUGCUUCUCCACAGAGUGAUGAGCCUGCUUUAAUACCCGGUGUCCCCCAGCUCCAUCACCCUACCUCACCCCAACCUCCCCCUGCUGCCCCAACAUCCUCCCCACCUCCACCUCCAGUGCCAGGCCUCACACCCAGCGUAAAGAAAACACAAUCCAGCACCAACCCAACAACGACCAAUCCUCAUCCUGAGAGGAGGCCUCGUCCACCCCUUAAUCCACAUAGCACCAGCAUCGACUCUGGAGUUACCCCUCUGCACAGCAACCCUGGAACUAAUGUUUUUAAAAGACAGGCUUCUGUGGGGAGGAAUGGAGGUCCUCCUACCUCCACACCUCGGACUACAGUCUCACAGGGUAGGACUGUGGCUGUCAGUCCCACAAAGACCCCCUCCUCCCUGUGCAGUGCCACACCUGUGGUGGGAAGCUCUUCUGUGAGGAACUGGAGAGAAAGGGACAGUGGCUCAGGUCAGACGAUACUCCCGGCACAAGAAGCUGCAAACAACCAGGGGGAAGAACUGAAGAGGCUGCUGGAGGAGUGUAGGACAACAUUAGGCAUCACUGCUAGUCAGGAGGGAGCCACAAACAUAACAGAGAUACUGAAGAAUCUGCUGACAGAAGUAAAGAGUCUGAAGACUACUUUGCAGACAGAACGUGGGGAAUGGCUGCAGUUCCAGGCUGACCUACAGGUGGCGGUGUCAGUGGCUGACCGUCUGAGAGCAGAGGCGGAAGAAGAGCUGAAUGCCCUCAGAGCGGUGCAUAAGGAUGUGGAGAGAGAGCUGGCAGCUGCCCAGCAGAGACUGAAGGAGGCUGAUAUACAACUGGUUACCCUGAGAGGGGAGCUUAAGGAGAGCCAACAGAGACUGGCCACUCUCAACCAGGGGCCUAGUCAGGAACCAGAGAAGCCCAAUAGACCAACAAAUGAACCAACAAACCACUCUGAAAGCAAAGAAGGGACCCAGAGGGGCAGGGAGAGGGCGGUGUACAGGUUGGGGCGAGAAGAGAUUGAAAGGAGGAGUCCGAAUGAGUUGAAGAAUGUGAUCAACGAGGAGGCCAGAAAGGACUGUAACAAUGUGACUAAACGGUACCUCAAAAAUGUCACUAACGAGGAGAAGAGUGAUGAGGAGGUGCGAUCCAGCGAGACAAGGACAGUAACCUCAGAGAGGUCAAGAAGCCUCUCCAGAUUGCCUGCUUCCUCCGACUCCCCCACCAUGCACAAUGGGACCUCCCAGACAAAUACUGCCUCAACAUUUGUGCCUACAAACAAGGACUCUGGGCCACUGAGAGGCCGAAGAAGUCUGGAUUGGCAAGAGAGCAGGUCGAGUACGGACACAGGAAAACGUGAGGAAUCUCUGAACAAGUACAACUCUAGUCUAACAGAGCUGCCUCCCACCAAAUCCCAGGAUGGUUUCAACAUGCUGCUGCGUCGCCAUGGAGGCUCCAAGAGAAACUCGCUGCUGCGCUGGUGUCAGAGCCAAACACAAGGCUACAAGAAUAUCGACAUCACGAACUUCAGCAGCAGCUGGGCUGAUGGUCUGGCCUUCUGUGCUGUGUACCACACCUACCUCCCCUCACACAUCCCUUACAACACUCUGACUCCAGAGAACAAGAGGGAAAAUCUCAGUCUGGCAUUCAAAACAGGAGAGAGUGUUGGCAUUACACGGAGCCUGACAGUAGAGGAGAUGCUGCGAGCAGGCGGCCCAGACUGGCAGAGGGUGCUAAACUACGUGGAGAGUAUCUACCGUCACUUUGAGAUGUAACUGCUGGAGGUACAGACAGACACAGUGGAUUCAUAACAACACUCCUAAGGAAACAAUGAAGCAGUGAUAGUUCCCGUAAAAGAUGCUAUAAAUACACUGGUUAUCAGAAAUCUCAACAAUAAUGUCAAACUGCAAAGACAACCUGGAAACAACCCAAACAAUAAAAAGACUUUAUGACCAAAGAAGACCUAAUGCAAAGACAUAAAACAGACUGUUAUGUCCAUCUUUUCAAAUGUGACUUCACAGAUGCUGGCUCUGCCAGGGACAACAUUAAAGAGAGCUUUGGACUGGUUGCAUUUAAGAUACUUGCAAUAUAGACUAAAGUGGUACUGUAACUGCUUACAAUCCAGUUUGAGAAAAGAAGCACAUUAUUAUUACAACUAUAAAUACACAAAUCAGUUUUCACUGCCUGGAGAGUGUCUGUAACACUGGAAGGAAAUCUCCAGUGAAAGACAUUUUUUAUUUCUUAAUUGGUAAUCUAUGAGGACAUUUAACAAAACACUGCUUUUGAAAAUUUAAUUUGGUGCUGUGGAAAUAUUUCCCUCCUUUGUUUUCUUUAAACUGCCAUUUCUGUCAGCUAAGUGCGACCUUUGUGGUUUUGAAUAGCCGGUUACCACUGGUUACACAGUCAUUGUUAAAUUUAAUGGCAUGUGCUUUCACUUCCCUCAAAUAAUACAUUUCAGUUAAUCAGACUGAGCAAUAACUGCAAACAUGACUAAGACUGGCUACAUACUAGGCAGCUUUAUAUUUUGAACAUGAUUUGCCCCCCUAAAACAAACAAUCAAGGGGUGGUGUCCCAAUUCUUUACAGACCUCAUGUGUUUGUUGUCAUCAUUAUUUCCUAAGUUAGAGCCUCCAGGAUUUGGAAUGAGUUAAGAUCAGGCUCCUACCAACAGAGCAUCUCCAAAAAGACCAAGACCUUGUAUCUCCAUUUUUUUAUUAUUAAUUUUUUUUUUUUUCAGAAAUCAGUGCUAUCGGUCACCCUUUACAUCUGUCAGUGGGUUGUAGGAGUUUUUAAAGCAAUGAAAAGUGUCAACAAGAUGCUGACUAUUACCAUUCGGUGUUAAAUUAAUUGGAAAAUACAGAGCUAGUUUCACUGCCUGAAGACAGGGAUUUUAGGGAUAGGAGGUUUUGGCUUGAUGCCAGCAAAAAAAAAAAAGAAAAAUUUUUGUUUUGAAAAAGAAACAUAUGGGAGGACAGCUGAUGACGCCAUUAAAAGUCCACAUUUGUUUUUCCUCUGAAAUUGUGUUUGGUCAUGCAAGUUUCUGUGAGAUCUCAUAUCUGUGAAAACGCAUCUGUGAAAUCAUUACGACAGACGGCUGGCCCAAUUGUCCAGCAUGUUCGUUCAGAGGAUUAUAAUGUUGAAAAUCAGUUGGAACUGUCCUUAUGCCUGUUUAAGAUUAUAAUGUUGAAAAUCAGUUGGAACUGUCCUUAUGCCUGUUUAAGAUAGGAAAAUCAUUCAUUGUGUUUAGCCGGCCUUACUGAGAGGGGAACAAUAGUUUAGAAAAGUAACAUUAAAGAAUAAUAGACAA